ACACCGUUUUAUACAGAGUGAGGUUGUUAACAGUUGUCAUAAGGCGUGCGUAUAACAGAUACCGCAAAGUGUCAGUGCUUGUGCCCGGCCGUCUAAGACCACGGAUUAAAAUCUGGCACGUAAAGACAUGACUGCAAUUUGAAGCUGGGCCUUUCAAUUUUAUUAGAGCCGGAUUCAUCCCGAACCACAUUUCAUCAUUGACCAACUUAUAGAAAGUCAACUUCACAGUAUAUAACAAGUUCCGAAGCGAUGGAUUCUAAAAAGACGUCGUCAAAGCAAGAUCUGGUGUCUCAUCAAAUUACAUUUAGCAAAGGAACAGGGUGUAAGCGCUACCUUCUGGUUGCUGCCGUGGUGAUCGUGAUUCUAUCAGUUAUCAUUGGUCUGGCAGUAGGUUUGCCCAGGGCUCUUCGGGAAACAGAUGAUGAAUACAUGACAUUGGCCAGAGAAGUCUUGAGCGAUUACCCACUGAUAGAUGGACAUAAUGACCUGCCCUGGCAAUACCGCCUGCAGGGCAACAUGAAGGUGGAGGAGGUGAAUCUGAGAGGAGACCUGCGCACACACUGGAAUCCGUCUCAUACCGACCUCCCCAGGCUGCAGGCGGGCAUGCUGGGAGCUCAAUUUUGGGCAUGUUACGUUCCUUGUAGUAGCCAAGGCAAAGACGCCGUUCGUAUGUCGUUAGACCAACUGGACAUCAUCAAGCGCUUCGUGAGGAAAUACCCUGACAAGUUCCAGUGGACAACAACCGCACAAGGUAUUCUUGAUGCCCACGCCAAUAAGAAAUUAGCUAGUUUGGUGGGUUUGGAAGGGGGGCAUUCCAUCGACAGCAGUUUGGCAACGCUGCGCAUGUUUUAUGACCUGGGCGUCAGAUACAUGACCGUCACACACAGCUGCAAUACACCAUGGGCAGACAACUGGAAAGUGGACGUACCAGAGGACCCUGAUCCCAAACAAUCCAACGGGUUAUCCCCGUUUGGAGAGCAAGUGAUUCUGGAGAUGAACCGCCUGGGGAUGUUAGUUGACCUCUCUCACGUUUCCAAAGAUACAAUGCUGGAUGCUCUGAAUGUUACCAAAGCGCCGGUCAUCUACAGCCACUCCUCAGCCUUUGGUGUCUGCAACCACUUUCGGAACGUUCAAGAUGAUGUCCUCGAGGCAACUAAGAAAAACGGAGGCGUGGUCAUGGUGAACUUCUAUACUCCGUAUAUCAACUGUGCACCCCACCUACAGGCUAAUGCAACCUUGUCUCAAGUCGCAGAUCACAUUGAAUACAUCAAGGAGAAAAUUGGCGUGGAUUAUGUUGGUAUUGGUGGAGAUUACGACGGUGUGCCCACAGUUCCCGAAGGCCUAGAAGAUGUAUCCAAGUAUCCAGACUUGUUCGCCUAUAUGGCUAGGGUGAAAGGUUGGAAUAAAGAGGAGUUGACGAAGUUAGCCGGCAAAAAUCUUAUCCGGGUCUUCAUGGCCGCGGAGAAGGUUCGAGAUGAAAUGAGGAACAAUGCUCCCUCCGAACAUAUGAUCAACUUUGACCUCGUCAACUCUACAUGUCGACCAAACUUUUAGUAUUCCACAGUGUGUGCGUCUUAGUGCUUGACCGGAAGGAGAGGCAACCACUUCCGCUUUCUGAAAUGUCCUCAGUCUCAUUGAAUACAAGAUUACAUUCCUAUGUUCAUGCACAUACCUUAAAAUCACAUUGCAUACAUGCCAUAGCAUGAAUUUGCGCUUGUCCUGUUAAAUAGAUGAACCAGACUAUAACAUUGAAUAAUGUUUCAUAUACAAAAUUCAGGUACCAGUUGUUUCGAAAUGUAUACAUUAGGAUUGAGUUAGAGGUUGCGUAUUAAUACUCCUACCGUUAUAGUACGGACUAACGCUCCAUGUGCUGUACGUAUCAGAAUGUCGCUGAUAUAUUAGUGGAACAUGUAUAAUAUUUAGGCCUGACUUAACUUUCUAUUUGGAAUGCUGAACAGUGGGUCCUGCAAUACAUACUCUGUAUGAGCAGCAUGUAUUUCAAUGAUCUAUUAACAGAUAGUCUGACAGUCUGAUAUAAGCUAUAUGCACCUCCACAUAUGUUUUCUAAGCUUUCUCAUUAAUAAAUACAUGUAGCUUCGUGCUGUUCAGUAUAUAAAUAUAUGAACAUAUAUAUGUAGUACCGAACAUGACACAUAGCAUUUUACAUAAGAACUUCAUGAAUUAUAUGUACACUAUAGGACGUACAAUAGAGAACGUACACACACGUGUGUGUGUGUGUGUCGCUGUAUUAUACCAGUCAGUAAAAAGAUAAAUUGAUAUGUCUUAUUUAUAUUUCAUUAUAGGUGAUAUAUAUGUCAUUCCUGAAGGCAUCAUUAGACAUUAAUCAAAUAGCUGUAUAAUUAGAUCAUGGUUGCCAUCGUUGUUUUUCUUUAAAGGUAGCCCACAUUGUGGUAUAUUGUGCCGUACAUAUAGCCCUGAACUAAGGGCUGAUUCCGCCAAGCCAUUUUGAGUUGUCAAAAGUUUAAACGUUAGAUCUGAAACGGAAGAAAACUGAGACAUUUUUUGUUACUGGUUUGCAGCCCAGAUUACACAUACAACUCAGACUGUUACACAUACAGCUCAGAUUGUUACACAUACAGCCCAGGUUGUUACACAUACAACCCAGGUUGUUACACAUAUAGUCCAGGUUGUUACACACACAGCCCAGGUUGUUACAUACACAGCUCAGAUUGUUACACAUACAUCUCAGACUGUUACACACAUAGCCCAGGUUCUUGUGCACACAGCUCAGAUUGUUACACGCACAGCCUGGGUUGUUACACACACAGCCCACGUUGUUUCACACACACAGCUCAGAUUGUCACACACACAGUCUUAACUGUUACACACACAGCCCUGAUUGUUACACACACAGCCCAGGUUGUUGCACACACAGCCUUGAUUGUUACACACACAGCCUUGAUUAUUACACAUACAGCCCAGGUUGUUACACGCACAGCCUUGAUUGUUACACACACAGACCAGGUUGUUACACAUAUAGCUCUGGUUGUUACACACACAGGCUCGAUUGUUACACAUACAGCUCAUAUUGUUACAAAUGCAGUCCAAAUUGUUACACUUACAGUCCACAUUGUUACAUAUGCAGUCCACAUUGUUACAUUUACAGUCCAGGUUGUUACACGUAAAGCCCAGCCUGCUACACAUAAAGUCCAGUUCGUUAUACAUACAGCCCAGAGUCUUGCACACUCUGGUACAGCCCAAACCGUGACACACACAGCUGUUUACAUAGAGCAAGAAUAUAUAGUUUGAACAGUGACAAAUAAAAUAUGUGUGUAUUGUUUAUGUGAAUUUGUAGCAAUAGUGCAUUAAAAUGGUGUAGUUUAGUACCAAUACUGCAUUAAACUGGUGUAGUUUAAUACUCUGUACAACUGAUACCGUCAGAGAGCACGGUUUCUGUUGUCAAAGAUUGCGGAAAGUGAUCGUCUUAUAAGUGAUCAGUCAGGCUCCAAAGA